AUGGAUGACAUGCAUCACACGAGACCUGGAAUAUGUUCAGUGUCCCCUACGUUAUCGAGCGCUACUAGCGAGCCAUCACUUGUCUGGACAAGCUCGACAUUGGUGGAAAAAUGUGGUACAGAGAUGCCGGACGUACAUCGUUUCACCUGGGAGGAAUUCAAGGAGGAAUUUGAGAGGAAAUACUACCGCCGACAGAAUCAAGAACGCCGCCUCUCUGAGUUCCUGAACCUGCAGCAAGGGAACAUGACUGUGAGGGAGUACGAAGCUGAAUUCGUACGCAUGCUUAAGCAUUCGGCGUAUCUGGUGCCCCUAGAGAGCCAGAAGAUCACUAACUUCGUUGUGGGAAUACGACCCUCACUCCGCUGGAGAGUCACGCUCCACGAAUUCCGAACUCUGAGCCAUUGCAUUGACCAGCUGGAGAAAGCAGAGGAAGCAGAAAAGGAGGAGAGAGCCAGCAGGGCCCAUGACCAAAGUCCUCCUAGACGCCAUCAUUAUAUGCGUCCAUCGGGGAAGACUGGUCAGACUGGCCAGAGCAGCCGAGUGCAAGACAAAGGUAAGGCUCCAGUCACCCAGGCAUUACCUCCGCCACCUCGGAGAGGGCCACCUGUCUGCUAUCGGUGCCAGCAGCCAAGACACUAUGCGGCAUAUUGUACGAUGAGACCCGCAGAGCCGCAAGCGCAAGCGGCUAUACCACCGAGACCUGCGGCUGGAGCUGGAGUGGCCCUGAGGUUUUAUGCCCUAGAAGCAGAGUAUGAGCUCCAAGAAGAGGAGGUUCACAUCGACGGAGUCGAAGCAGAUGCGAUUGCAGGUACCCUUCACUUAUAUGGGGUGUCCUGUUACACAUUGUUUGACACUGGAGCGACUCACAGUUUUGUGAACGCGGAUAUAGUGGAGAAAACCGGUACAGGAAAGGUCAAUCCGAUGAGUAACUUUACAGUGCGUACACCGGCAGGGGAAACCCUUACAGUUCAGGGGACUCUGCAUGGUGUACCCCUUGACAUAUGCGGCCGAAAAUGA